UCGUCGAGGCUCAGUACUUGGCAGUCAUACAUAAAACACACUGACACACACAUAAGCUUUACAAGUGAUAUCCUUUUCUGGGAGAUAGAGGAAGAAUUCAAGAAAAGAGCACAAUUAUAUACAGAUAAAUUUGGAUCUCACAGUCAGUAGCCAUCCAGAUGAAUAUAUGGGCACUACUUGUUCUUUUUUAAGGAGGUGGUAUUGUGUCUGCUUAUUUUCUUGAAGAUAAUCUUCCCCUGGCCAGAAUUAUUAUGCAACUUCAUAUUAAUGCUCAGAAGAUAUUAUGAACUUGACCUCCUGGACUUGGACCAUUAAAGCUGUGCUGUUCUGAACAGGCAUGAGAUUCAUAUUCUUAAUUUGCAACCUCAAUCGCUCUAAUGAGUAAGGAGAAUGUUCCACAACUUAUCAGUACUGGGGUUGGUGAUGAACAGUUGUCUUCAGGUAGGGCUGAAGAGCUGACAGUUUAUUCUACAUCACGCCCUAGUCUAGAUAAGGAGGCUGGGUUAGCUGCCUGUCGUGUGUGUCAGUGUGCUGAAUCUGACAAAAGGGGUGAUGCUGCUUUGGAGUUUUUAGGUAUCACCCCAGUAUUGAACUCACAGAAAAGAAAAGAAGAUUUAAAGCUUGAUUGCAAAGAUGUUUUAAAGGAUGCUGAAAGUGACACUUGUGCCAAAGAUGGUAAAAAAGAUUCUGGAUUCGUGGAGUUUGUCAGUCCUGAUGGCGAGGUCUUCAUUUGUAAUACUGAUAUAGAAAAGGGUUUUGAUUACAAUCGAGAUGUGUUAAUUGAGCUGGGAUGUGCUUGCAAAAAUGAUCUCGCUCUGGUACACUACGCUUGUGCCCUCAAAUGGUUUGUGAAUCAUGGAUCAACUGUUUGUGAAAUAUGUGGACGUGUUUCAAAGAAUAUUAAUGUUACAGACUUGAAAAAGGUUGUAGCUUCUCUGAAGGAGUAUGAAACCUUAAGGGAAAGGACCGCCAAUGGAAUACCAUACCCAGAAAAUGUGCAGACAAGUUCCUGUGUAGAUCCCGAUGCUCUUGCUGCCAUUCGGAGGCAGCGACUAAGUGAAAUAUCACUCUGGUUUGGUCCACAUAAUAACAACUACUCGACGACAGUUUCACAGGGUUCUGAACAAGUUUCUAAUGCUGUUGCUGAAGAAGUCACUCCUGCUGAGAAUUCUGCUACCAAAUGGGCUGUCGAGGGUACAGGGAUACUUCUUGCCACCGGCUUGCUUACUCUUACAUUAGCAUGGCUGAUUGCUCCUCGCGUUGGAAAGAAAACUGCCAAAAGUGGUCUUCAUAUCCUUCUUGGAGGUAUCUGUGCGUUAACAGUUGUAGUAUUCUUCCGCUUUUUUGUUCUAACAAGAAUCAAGUAUGGACCUGCGCGAUAUUGGGCAAUCUUAUUUAUCUUCUGGUUUCUUGUUUUCGGUAUAUGGGCAUCAAGAACACAUGCUACUCACUCAACAUGAUUCUUUCCGCGCACAGCGAACAAAGGUGCUCCGGAAACAGUGAUUCAGCUGUAUGCUAUAUGGCGGUGAUCCGUGAGUAGUCUAAAGAAGGGUUUUUUUUUUUUUUUUUUUUUAAUAAAAUAGAAUUGUAAGUGUGCCUUUAUAAUGCUUGUUUUCAAAAUUAGGGUAAGAAUUGUCGUAUCUGUAUUAUAUUGGCCAGUGGAAGGUCGGAAUGUUUACUAUACAGGGUGUAUUUAGGUGGAGUUUCGUGCAAAUUAUUAGCGGGGUUUAAUCAGCGCAACGUGGAUGUGAAAACUGAAAAGUUUGAUAUAUGUCCAAACUUUGUCAGUAGUAUACUAGUAUGGCAGGGAUGUCCGAAUUAGGGAGGUUACUCCCGGGCUGGGGAGUACUUGAUAUUUAGCCUUUUGAUUUGGUGAGUACGCAGCAUUAUUACAAAAAAACUUUGUGCAGAAUUCUAAUAUAUAAUAUUUAUAUUACACGAGCA